UCCAAAGUAAGUGUUGCUACUAAUUACUAUAUGAUCUAGCAUAUUGGAAUAGUAUAAAGGUGUAUGUUGUAGUACAGUAGCAAUAUAAAGCACAGCUCCGUCAUUAUUGGCCUCUGAUUUUCCGGCGAGUUCUCCGAUCACCCCACCGGCCACUUCCACCUUGGGUUUCGUGCAACUUCACAUAUUAUCUCUACUUUAUUCUCUUUGCCUUUCCAUUUUUGGAUACUAGUAUUGUUUUUUAAACAUCUUUUGUUGGUUCUUGAUUAUCCGGCGACCCUUGGUGUCAGCUUCCUUUUUCCUACUUCAAUGCUAAUUACAUGUUGAUCAACUUAUGGUAAUAUUUCCAUAACUUGAAAUCCAACCUUUCGUCGAAUAGGAAAUUGUAAUCACCCCAUUCAGAGAUUUUUUUUUUGGUGGGGUAUAGUUUGAUUAAUUCGGCAACUGGAAAAUGCUGGCGUAAUCAUGACAAUUGAAAAGGAAGAAUAUUUGGUUUCCAGGAAAUUCCGUGUUGCAAUUAUGGAGCUUAGCAUAAUGGUGGUUUAGUACCUAAAGAAAUGCUGGAGAUUUCUAUAUUGAGAAAGUGAAAAGCUGGAAUUACGUGAAAACUUUGUGUUAGACGAGUUCUUUUUUUAAAAGAAAUUGUUUUUUGGAGAUAGAGAGAGAGAAGUGGAAAAACUGAAUAGAUUGUGAAGCAAUUCAAGUGGAAAUUUUUGGUGAAAUGAAGGCGCCAUCAAAUGGAUAUCUAGCAAAUUCAGGAGAAGGUGAAAGAAAGCUCAUGAAUUCAGAGUUAUGGCACGCUUGUGCUGGCCCAUUGGUUUCUUUGCCUCCUGUUGGAAGCCUUGUGGUAUAUUUUCCUCAAGGUCACAGUGAGCAGGUGGCGGCAUCAAUGCAAAAGGAGACAGAUGGAAUACCAAGCUAUCCUAAUCUUCCUUCCAAGUUGAUCUGCAUGUUACACAAUGUCACUUUACAUGCUGACCCUGAAACUGAUGAGGUUUAUGCUCAGAUGACUCUUCAACCUGUAAACAAGUAUGACCAGGAGGCUUUACUUUUAUCUGAUAUGGGCCUUAAGCAGAACAGGCAGCCUGCCGAGUUCUUCUGUAAAACUCUCACAGCUAGUGAUACAAGCACACAUGGUGGAUUUUCUGUUCCUCGACGCGCAGCCGAGAAGAUAUUUCCUCCCCUGGACUAUUCAAUGCAACCUCCUGCUCAGGAGCUAAUGGCUAGAGAUUUACAUGACCAAGCAUGGACUUUCAGGCAUAUCUAUCGAGGUCAACCAAAAAGACACCUUUUGACUACUGGUUGGAGUGUCUUUAUCUCCUCUAAAAGGCUGUGUGCCGGCGAUUCUGUCCUUUUCAUAAGAGAUGAAAAGUCACAUCUUCUCUUGGGUAUAAAACGAGCGAAUAGACAGCAGCCUGUCCUUUCCUCAUCUGUUAUAUCUAGUGACAGCAUGCACAUUGGGAUCCUUGCUGCUGCAGCUCAUGCUGCUGCAAACAAUAGUCCGUUUACUAUCUUUUACAAUCCUAGGUACUAUAUCAGCCCUUGUUACAUUGAAAAUAUUUCGUGUUUGAAUUUAGAUGUUGAAUUAUACACACAUUUUUUUAAUCUUGCUCCUUUUGUUCUUGACAGGGCUAGCCCUUCUGAAUUUGUAAUUCCUCUGGCCAAGUAUAAUAAAGCUAUGUAUGCACAAGUUCAACUAGGUAUGCGAUUUCGGAUGAUGUUUGAAACGGAGGAUUCUGGAGUCCGUAGGUACAUGGGUACAAUAACUGGUGUUAGUGAUCUGGACCCCAUACGAUGGAAGAACUCACAGUGGCGUAAUCUUCAGGUGGGAUGGGAUGAAUCAACUGCUGGGGAACGUCCAAGCAGAGUUUCUAUAUGGGAUAUUGAGCCUGUCGUGACUCCUUUUUAUAUCUGUCCACCUCCAUUUUUCAGGUCCAAGUUUCCUAAGCAGCCAGGUUUUCCUGGUGAUGAGUCUGAUAUUGAAAAUGUUUUAAAGAGGGGGAUGCCUUGGAUGAACGACGAGUUAGGUAUAAAAGAUGCUCAAAGCUCAAUAUUCCCAGGACUGAGCUUGGUACAGUGGAUGAGUAUGCAACAGAACAAUCAUGUGCCAGUUGCCCAAUCUGGACUUCCUAGUGUCUUACAUAGUAAUAUCGGUACUGAUGACCAUUCUAAGUUGCUGAACUUUCAGUCACCUACAUUAUCUACGCAAGGUCUCCAGUUCAACAAACCAAUUCAACAAAAUCAGCAAUUUGGGAAAAUCCAGCAGCCACCAUUAGCAUGGGCUCAACAGCAGCAGCAAUCGUUACAGUCUCCUGUGAGUGCACAGCAGCAGCAACCCUUGCUGCAACAGCAACAGCAACACGCACUGCAGCAGCAGCAACAACAACACGCACUGCAGCAGCAGCAACAACAACACAUGCUGCAGCAGCAGCAACAACAACACAUGCUGCAGCAGCAGCAACAACAACACAUGCUGCAGCAGCAGCAACAACACUCGCAGCAGCAGCAGCAACAACACUCGCAGCAGCAGCAGCAACAACACUCGCAGCAGCAGCAACAACAACACUCGCUGCAGCAGCAGCCACAGCCACAGCCACAGCCACAGCUUCAUCAGCAAGCACAGCAAGCACAGCAAGCACAGCAGCAGCUGCAGCAACAACAGCGUCCAUCCCAGCAGCAACAAUUGGCCGUGAAUUCAUCGCCACCAGUAAAUCAUUGUGUAUCUCCUCCUAACCAGAUUCCUUUUUCACAAGGUGCGAUAUAUGGUCAGCAUCAGCAGCAACAGUUACUAUCAGCUAGUACCCAACCACAGCAAAAUGUUCCUGUCAAUAGAAAUCCAUUUCCUUCUACAUCCUUGGCACAAGACUUCCCAUUUCAGCAACAAGUGGAACAUCAAAAACCUCAGCAGCAGCAGACAAUACCACAGCAAGCUCCACUACAAUUGAUGCAGCAAAGUUUGAUGCAGAGGCCACAAGUUCAACCAUCAUCACAGCAGAGCCUUACGGAGCAGCAGCUGCAACUACAGCUUCUUAAUAAACUGCAGCAGCAACAACAGCAACAUCAGCAACAAGCACAGCGAUUAUCUCCUGUAAGCUCUACUGUGGAGCCGCGUAUGUCCCAGCAACAACAGUGCCGGCAGCCACAAGAGCUCCAGUUUGCUCAUCAGCAAUUGACAACCACACAUCUCCAGUCACCUCAACAUGCUUUCAACCAACUCCAAGGCCAGCACAAAUCCCCUAUAACAAUCAAAGCCCUUUCUGGUGCUACAGAUGGAGAUGCUCCUUCAUGUUCAACCUCUCCUUCUACAAACAAUUUCCAAGUUUCACAACCAAACUUCUUGACGAGGAACCAAGGGCAAGCGAUACUGGUGGAUGAGUCGGGAGUUGAUCCUUCUCAAGAGCAAAACAAAUCCGAAUUUCGAAUAAAACAUGAGCUACCGUUCUCAAAAGGUUCAGAGCAGUCUAAAUACAAAGGCAAUGUUACUGAGAACUUAGAGGCAGCCUCAUCAACAACAUCCUACGGGCUGGAUUCUAGUGGAUUCAACUUUUCAUUGCCUGCAUUAUGUGUGGAAGGUGAUGUUCAAUCACAUUCUAGGAACAGUCUUCCUUCUGCAGCAAAUAAUAUAGAUGGAUUGACCCCUGAUGCUUUACUAUCACGGGAUUAUGAUCCCGGAAAGGAUAUGCAAAACCUAUUCUCUCCUUUUGGCAACGCCCCUAGGGACAUAGAAACUGAGUUGUCUGAUGCUGGGAUCAAUUCUCAACAAUUUGGGGUGCCAAACAUGUCAUACAAGCCAAGAAGUUCCAAUGAUCUUGCUGUGAAUGACAAUGGUGUUCUGAAUAAUAAUGCAUGGACGAAUCAGACUCAGCGCAUGAGAACAUAUACAAAGGUUCAAAAACGAGGCUCUGUGGGAAGAACUAUAGAUGUCACUCGUUACAAAGAGUAUGAUGAACUAAGGCAUGAUCUAGCACGUAUGUUUGGAAUAGAGGGACAGCUUGAAGAUCCUCAAAGAACUGAAUGGAAGCUUGUGUAUGUUGACCAUGAGAAUGAUAUACUGCUUGUUGGUGACGAUCCUUGGGAGGAAUUUGUGAGCUGUGUUCAGAGCAUCAAAAUCCUGUCUUGUGCUGAAGUGCAGCAAAUGAGCUUGGAUGGGGAUUUAGGUAAUGUGCCAGUACCAAACCAAGCUAGCAGUGGCACUGAUAGUGGUAAUGCGUGGAGGGGACACUAUGAUGACAACUCAGCUGCAUCGUUUAAUCGAUAAGGUGUUCCAAUUAAAUGGGAACGGACUUUGGGAUAUAUUUUCAACACAUUUCCCUCGAGGCCGCCAACAACUCAGAUCAGCAUAUUCUAACUGAAGAUGAGGUAGUGGAACCAUGUGUUCUAGGCGGCUGGUGGGAGCAACUCAUGACGUUCUUUUAUACGUGACGUGAAUUCACAUACCUUUUCCGGCUAUGGAACUCCCCGCUUGUCUUCACGGCACAGUUGAAAUUAGAUUAGUUCGAUUGAUACUUUAUUGUUAGGUGCAAAAUUUGUGAAUGAGUUGAAGAGAGAAACCUUAAAUUUAUUAUUUUUCCGAUCAAAGUAGGUGGAAGUUAGCCUUGUAAUUCAGGCAUCGCAAAAUUACAGGAAGAAACACUCCUGUUGGUACUAAAUUUAACAGAAAGUGUAUAGCUUUGACGAUUGUGGAAGACUUGUCUAAUGACAUUACAGCGCUUCAAGUUUUUACA